UCAGGAUCUGUAGUUCACAGACUGAAAGCAGCUGAUCUGGACAAAUAUCUGAAUAAGUCUGAUCUGUUAAUAUUGGUAGUUUUUAUUUUUAUGCGGAGUGGGUACUUACUGGUACCAUAUUCAUACAAUGUUAAUUUGCAACUCGGAUAUGGUAAACAAGUGUUCUUGAGAGCUCUUCUGCUGUCAAGAGCUUGCCAGAGACUUUUAGUGCCGUAGAGAGACUUGAAUUUUACUGCCAGAAGAUGAGGUUAUAUUUGCUUCUGCCAUGGAAGGAGAAAGGCAGAGGCAGAACCAGGGAUGUAAUGUAGGGGAAGAAAGCAUCCAAAUGCCAGGCUGGCUGUUGCUGCAUCCUCUAGCAACGCUGUGAUCUGUACACAUGGGGUGGUGGGUGCUGUGAGCAAUGGCUGCCUCUGCAGUUGUUGCCUGACCAAUAGGUCUAUCUCCUACCACAUCGAUAAAUCUGGUUCUUCUGGGCUUUUUGACUUUUCUAUUCCAGAAAUGGCUUUUUUUUUUUUUUUGAUAGGGUCUUCUGCCACUCAUCAUCCACUUAGCUACACAACAGCUUUUCAGCCUCCUUUCCCACCUCGCCUUUCCUAAGAAAAGCAUGUGAUGUUUGAUUGUUGGACUUUAUGAUCUUAAAGGUCCCUUCCAGCCUAGAUGAUUCUAUGUACUUUCUAUGGGCUGAGUUUCAUGGUAACAUUUGUUUUCAGAGAAGACAAAUAGAUGGUUAUUCAUAGUAUGAAUACAGUGUCAUACAACUGUUUAAAAGAGACUGCUAUGCUCAGGGCUUUUUAAUGCCUUUUUUUUGUUUUGUUUUUGCAUGUGGAAGUUGUAUUAAUCUUGGUUUGCUAGCCUUGGGAAUACUGCUGUGGACUUUAUUUGAGUUGCUGGUAGUGCUUAUCAAGAGGCACUGUUCUUUGACACCUGUUGAUAAGUAGUUCUACAGUUUAAUGAUAUUUUAUGAGCUAAUCUAGAACAGCUUCAAAGCUAUUUCUUAGGAGAUCUAAGAAUGCUGAAAGCCUAUUUGUGCCAAUCUUUUAUAUAAAUAUUUACACAGUCUCCUAUAGUUCUCUGCAAGAUGUGUAAUGUUACUGCGUAGGCAUGCUGAGUAGAGCUUGCCUCUAUUGAGAAGGUUAUGUGAAAGGUCAGGACGUUGGAAGAAACUGAUUUUGAUGACUUUGAGACGUUCAGUUGCUUGUCGAUUUGUCUUUGGCCACUUCCAGAGGAUAAAUUUUACCCUGUGGAGUAAAUUAUAUUCAUCUUUUUUGAUCAUGGCAAUAAAAAUAUUCAGUACUACUUCCUGAAGAAGUAUCAAGGAAAUCUUGAUAAUGAAAUGAGAUGAAAAUUCUUACUUAGUUAUUUUCUUUUUUUAUACAUAACUUUUUUUUUUUAACCUUUCUAUGCUUUAUUUGCAAGUUACGAUAAUUUUUAUUGCUGCUUGUUAAACAGGAAUCUUGGCCACGUUUCUUUUUGCUUGUCCAGGUAGCAGAGGCAGGAGUCACCCAGUGUGUGAAAAGAUCACGUAAAGGGGUCUGAAAUCACCUCUUUGUUUUCUCCCUUCUUAUUUUUUUAUUGUCACUCCUCCCUUUCCUUCCCCCCUCUUUGUAUCACGGUUAUAUUAUUUUUAAGGUUAUGAUGCUGAAACUCCUAGGUGGUCAUAAAACGGUUGGGAAUCAAAAAAAAAAAAAUAAAAGCAUACUUCCUUACUAGCAUCAUCAACAAAAGCCGUGAUUUGUUGGCUUACCCUUUUCUGAAGUUGAGCUUUGCACUGGAAUGACUCCUCUGCUAUCUUAAUGAGUUUUGCCAGUUUGCUCAUUUGCAUGUGCUGUAUUUCUUUAUCUGGAUAAAGGAAACUGUUAAUUUUUUGGAUGUGACACUAUGUUAGUCAGUGUUCAUGUAGAGUGUUUGGAUGCUUUUAUUCUUCCUCAUUUUAGAAGCUGAACUUGAUUUCAUACACUUGUUUUUUAACUGGUCAGUCCUCUCCUUUCUUCCUUGUUUGGCUCUGUUUGUUUUUACGUAGGUCUAACUGUAAAGAAGUAGUUUGUUUUUUUUUUUCGUUGUUGUUUUUUCAAUUGUUGAUACCUAUCAUAGAACUUAGCAAACAGCUAAUGAUGUUUCCAUUUCAGGAAGUGGCAAAAAAUAUGUAUUGAAGGAAUACGUAAAUGCAGGAAGUCCACUGUUGCCAAUAUAACUCAGGCUUGAUUGGCCAAGUUGAAUUUACAGUGUUGUAUUAGGAUAUAUGAAGGUAAUUUUUCCAUCUGGUUGACUUAGGGGUCUAGGCACGGAAACAGCAUAUAGUGAUCUCUAUAUAAAAGCUUGUGGAAACUGAUAUAGCUAACGGUACUUGUGGAACUCUAUGUCUCCAAAGCAUGGUACUGCUCUUAAUUAACAAUUACAACAUGGUGUGUACUGAGGAAGUGCCAUUGUUAUUUCUUGCAUGGAGAACUAGGCCAGCAAGUCUGUUUUCAUUAACACAACCAUGGUUAAAUCUUUAGGGUUUUCUUGCCUUUUUGUUCUUUCUCUUGUCUUUUUGGGGUGUUGCCUCCUGGCUAGUGAAGGGCACAAAUGGUAUAAAGGAGUCAUGACCUGGUACUGCUGUAAGGAGGCAAAAGCUAAGAUAUUUCAGGUAAUAGCUGCGAGCUGUGAGGCAGUACGUUUCACUGUAUUCAUCAGUAUACCAUGCCAGUGCUAGAAACAGUAGUGUUAUUUUUUUACUUUCAGAGCUAGGAAACAAAAGCACACUUGAUUUUGGACCUUCUGUGUUGCUGGAGGUCCAAAUGCUGGUUCUGCUUCAUCUAUACUGGAGUAAACCGAAGUUUUUGGAAUUCAAGGUCUUGGCUGCAUACGUGUGAUGGGUCCCUUUCGUUAUUCAGGCCUACUUUUUCCAAAGCUAGAAGGUAUUAGCAAGCUGACCGGCAAGGCUCUGGCUCCCUGGGCCCUGUCUCUUUAUACCUUCAAGCCUGCUGUGGGGGUGAGCUCCAUCCCUGUUUCCUUGCCUAAGGAUCUCUGUACGCUUUAACUCCACCAGCUCACUUUAAAGGGCUCUUGAGGUUGGUUUCUCCAGAUGUACCCAGUUAAGUGCUGUUAUAACUCGGCGGACAUCAGGAACAAUGACUGGCAGUGGGGGGGAAGGAUAGUUGUGCGUUCCCACUAAACUCUUCUGCACUGGAGUGGGUUUAUGAUACUUUUAUGUGGGAUCUAUUUAAAUCUGGCUGACGUGUGAGGUGAGUUAGAGACCAAAGUGUUGGACUGAGAUAAGACGGACCAGUUUCUUCUAGCUCUAUAGUUGUUGGGAUGGGGAACGUUUGACAGGUCAGUUUGUUUCUCCAUGACCCAGCUUCUUUAUCUGUGAAGUUGUUGCAGUACCCUUGGUGUAUGUAAAUGUAAAACAUUUUGAAGUGUCAGUGAUGUAUGUUUAAGAAAAAUAGAUUAUAUCAUUAUUGGAUGCUACCCAUUGAUUUUUGCCUUAAAUGUUUGCAAACUAAUGGGAGCUCACUGAGUUUGCUUUAAUCUGUUUCUAAUAAACUGGCAAAUAUGUAUGUGUAAUACCAUGGAAAUUUGUAUGUACCUAUAACUUUCCUGUGUUUUGUGGUGUGAUAGUGGAGAACUGUUUUUAAUCAGAAGCUGGAUGGGAAAUAGAUUAACAAGAACUAAAUUUGGAGUGAUGGUUGAAAGCCAGUUAAGCAACAGAGAUAUUUUUUCCUUAGUUCAUUUAAAACAAACAAACAAACAAAAAUAAAAGAAUGAUGAAGACUGUCAUCUGCCAAUUUGCAAAGCCUCUCAAAUUGUAAUGUCAAAAAUAUUUGAGUUUUCCUUUGGUCAUAGUACCUGUUGGCUUAUGUCAGAAUCACCACCUAGUAUUUUUCUGCCUGCUAUCACUAAACUUCCUAAUCCCCUUUUUUCCCCCCUCCUUUUCAGAGAACAAAACCGACAAAAACUUCCUGUGAGUUGUUACUUGUCCUCUAAGUCUGGGCAGAGCUGUGCUUCCUGAGUCUGCUGUCAAGAGCUGAGUAAGAAUGGACGAGACAUAAAGCAGGAGUCCUGAAGCCUUAGUCACCAAUCUGAUGGACUUACUGUUCACACUCUACUUCCAAACACUUGAAUUGUUUCAGUACUGCUGACAAAGGGAAGAUGACCUCUACUGUAGGUCCACGGCCAUACUAUGAAAAUCAUGGCUUUCAGCCAGAAAACUUGUAUUCUGCCAGGCAGCCAGUAGGUGCUAACCCAAAUCCACAGUACUUCUCAACAAAUGCUCCGUCAGUGCCAAGCUACGUCCCAACGGUUGCAACCCAUCAGUCGAGUAGUCCAGUAGCAGGUUCAUCAGGGAGAACAUGUGCAUUGAGUGUAAGGAAAACCAUAAUCACUGUAUUAUCCAUUUUAAUAGUCAUUUGUUGUGCAAUUGCUGCUUUCUUCGUCUGGUAUUUUGUAGGCAAUCGUUGUGUCAGCUCCUUAAUAGAGUGUGGCUCUUCAGGAGUGUGCAUCCCGGCCUCGCAGUGGUGUGAUGGAAAGAACGACUGCGCCAACGGGGAGGACGAAACACGGUGCGUUAGACUUUUUGGACCAAAUUUUAUCCUGGAAGUUUAUUCACCUGUCAGCAAAUCCUGGUAUCCUGUUUGUCAAGAUGGCUGGAAUGACGAUUAUGGGAGGACUGCAUGUAAAGAUAUGGGCUACAGCGUAGAUACGUAUUACUAUAGUCGAGGAGUAGUAACUGAAGUCAGCUUUAAAAACUACAUGAAGGUGAACACAAGUGCUGGGAAUGUAGACUUGUACAAAAAGCUGUAUAGCAGUGAUUCCUGUGCAUCAGGAAGUGUGGUUUCUCUGCGCUGCAUACAGUGCGGCCUGUCCACGAAAAGCGUGAACAUGAUGAACAGAAUCGUGGGUGGCAGCGGGGCGGUGCUGGGGCAGUGGCCGUGGCAGGUCAGCCUCCACGUGCAGGGCACCCACGUCUGCGGGGGCUCCAUCAUCACCCACCAGUGGAUAGUGACGGCCGCACACUGCGUGGAAGGACGGCUUUCUGACCCAUACAUCUGGAGGGUUUAUGCUGGGAUUCUGAACCAGGACGAGAUGUUUUUACAAAAUGGGUACAGAGUGCAACAGAUCAUUUCCCAUCCGGAAUAUGAUACAGACUCUAAAGACAAUGAUGUUGCCCUUAUGAAGUUAGAGUCGUCGCUGCCUUUUUCUGGUAGUGUACAGCCAGUUUGUCUGCCUAAUCCAGGAAUGAUGUUCCAGCCUGAUCAGCAGUGCUGGAUAUCUGGGUGGGGAGCAGAGUACCAAGGAGGUAAAACAUCAAAUAACUUGAAUUAUGUUUCGGUGCCCUUAAUAGAACGUUCUAGGUGUAAUUCUGUCUAUAUCUAUAGUGGCAUGAUUUUGCCUACAAUGAUCUGUGCCGGGUAUCUAGAAGGAGGAUUUGAUUCCUGUCAGGGUGACAGUGGGGGUCCUCUAGUAACUAACAAAAACUCCGUGUGGUGGCUCGUUGGAGAUACCAGCUGGGGAACUGGCUGUGCUAGUCCCAAUAGACCUGGAGUGUAUGGGAAUAUGACUGUGUUUACAGACUGGAUUUAUAAAAAUAUGCAGGCAAACAGAUGACAACGCUGUCUGUCCUUCUUGCUGAUCAAGAUUUCUGAGAACAAGAAUAAAUUAAGCCAUGGGUGCCUGGGAUAUUUAUUAGAUUUGCAAAUGAUUUUUUUUUUUUUUUUCCCUCUUCAAAUUCUUUUUAAAAAUAGCAUGAAGGAUUGCACACUCGGUUCUGUGCUGGCUACAGUGACUGAUCUUAAUCAGUGAAGGAUUAUCACAAUGAGCACCUUUCUUCUUGUGGUGCCUGGAAGAAAGUCGUUCUUUCAACUGCUUGUUGAAGUGUCUCUCUUUAAUUGAGUAACUUUCACUUGAUAAUCAGGUACAGGCUUAUAAUGGCAAUUUUAAUCAGAAUUUAAGUUAAGAUUUUCGUCUGAGACCGCUGGUUUAGUAGUGUCUUAAACUAAAUGUGAAGUAAUGUGAAGGUUGAAUCUCUGAGCUGCUGGUUGGCAAUUUAAAAAGAAAUGAAUCUUUUUUAGUAUAUAUGAAGGGAAGUUUUCACGCACUACAGUAGAGGCACAGGAAAAAAAAUACUGUAUAUUCAGGUAGUUAACAAUCCUCAGGAUCUCGACACAGCAGUCAUCCAAGUCAGAUUGUUUGAAGUGAGACCAGUCUGAAUGUCUUAGUAGUUAAAGGUUCUGUUCUGCCUUAAGCCGCUCUGAAUCCAAAAAGGGUAAGACCUGCCAUCGCUCUUGAUGUCGGCUACAGAGAAGGAUGCUCCGGAGCUGCAGCAGGAAGCAGGGAGUUAAUUGUCCCGAUGGCGACAUCCCUGGCUGUGCACAUGGAGGUUGACUCUUGAACUCUCCCUGCUUUAAAAGGCAAAAGGCAAAGUUUUUCAGUAAGGCUGUGUUGCAAGCGAUAGGUCUCCCAUUGCGGGCACACGUACAGAGGCUGGAUGUUUUAUACAAGGAAACACAAAUCUGUGUUUCUGCGUAACCAGAUGAACUACCUCAUUUAUAAAACUUGGCUUUUAAUUCACUAGAGCUCUCCUCUAUGUAUCUGCAUGUAUGUUUUUAGCAAAAUGUAAUUAAUAUGGGAGUGCCACCUCAACUAGGAUUUUGAAAAUAACUUAUAAUCAUAGUACAGAGGAUCAAAAAGCCAUAUCAAGACACUUUUGUUAAGAAGGAUAAAUCUUUUGAAUUAAAUGACUCUGCUAGUCUUGUUUUCUCUUUUGGUACUGAAAUACAAUGUAAACAUUGCACC